AUGUUUUUCUAUGACUCAGUGGUUCUGUUUGUGCUGUGGCCCAGUCUGAUGAUGUUUGUUUGUUUUUUCUUUCGUUGUGUGUCACACAGUCACGGGGAUGUUGGAAGAGUUAAACUUACAUGUUUUCUUAAAGGGGGGCGUUCAGCCAGCUGCAGCGAUAUGGCAAAGUUUUGUGAAUAUGAUAUUUCUUAUUUUUACUUGAUUAAUAUGAAGUCAGAAAAACAUGAAGGAGCAGGAAACUAUGACUCUACUACAGGCUGGUAUUGCCUGUCAAAGGAUCCUAAUAUGUCCUUGCUGUGA